AUGCACGCCAGCACAUUCUUCACCCUCGCCCUCGCCACCCUGGCCAGCAGCGCCGCCGUCACCAGCCCACCCGGCACCAUCGAGGCCCGCUUCGACGCCGGCACCGGCCUCGAGGCCCGCUCGGAGCUCUCCCGCCGCGCCUGCAACUGCGGCUCCGCUUUCAGCUGCUCCGGCGGCGUCAGCAGCUGCUGCUCCAGCACUGGCGGGUACGGCAUGUGCAACACCGACACCAACAGGUGCAUGUGUGGCACCUCGUGCAACCCGCUGCAGUGUUCUCAGAGGCCUUGA